CUCUGUGGUCCAGGGCCCCUGCUCGGGGCGGCCCUGCUGCUUCAGGAGGAGGAGGAGUGUGUGUUUGUCGGCAGACAGUCAGUCAGGAGGACCGGAGUCCCAGCGGCAGUUUGGGAGAGUCUGAGCGGGGAAAACUGCGUCCAAUACGGGAGAACUCAGAAGGGGGAAUCCGCAAUGAGUUGGGGAACGGAGCUCUGGGACCAGUUUGAUAAUCUGGACAAACACACUCAGUGGGGGAUCGACUUUCUUGAGCGCUACGCAAAGUUUGUCAAGGAGAGGCUGGACAUAGAGCAAAACUACGCCAAGCAGCUACGCAACUUGGUGAAGAAAUACAGUCCAAAACGCCCUAAAGAUGAGGAGCCAAGGUUCACAUCAUGUCUGUCGUUCUACUCCAUACUGAAUGAACUCAAUGACUAUGCUGGUCAGAGGGAGGUGGUGGCGGAAGAGAUGGCUCAUAAGGUUUAUGGAGAGCUGAUGAGGUACAGCCAAGACCUUAAAGCUGAGAGGAAACAUCAUCUACAGGAGGGCAGGAAGGCUCAGCAGUAUUUGGAUCACUGCUGGAAACAGAUGGACAAUAGCAAGAGGAAGUUUGAGAGAGAAUGUAAGGAGGCAGAGAAAUCCCAGGUGACCUACGAACGGUUAGAUAACGACGUCAAUGCCACCAAAUCAGAGGUGGAGAAGGCUAAAAACCAAUACUACCUGCGCACUCACAUGGCUGAUGAGAGUAAGAACGAGUAUGCAGCUCAGCUACAGAACUUCAACGGAGAGCAGUGGAAACAUUUCAACAACGCCAUACCACACAUCUUCAAGAAUCUGCAGGGCAUGGAUGAGCGUCGGACGGUAAAGCUCGGAGAGACGUAUCGAAGCUUCGCUGAGGCAGAGCGGAGAGUCAUUCCCAUCGUCUCCAAAUGUUUAGAAGGAAUGGUUUCUGCCGCCAAAGCUGUAGAUGAGCGAAGGGAUUCAACCAUAGUCGUGGAGUCUUUUAAGUCAGGCUUUGACCCCCCAGGCGACUUCCCCUUCGAGGACUUCAGUCAGAAUUUAAGCAGAACGGGUUCAGACGGGACCAUCAGCAACACACCCAAAGGAGACAGAGACAGAGAUGGAGGCCCGGGGUCACGACCCGACCCAAAACACGCCACGAGCAAAACCAAGAACAAGCUGUGGCUGUUUGGGAAGAAACCGAAGUCCCCUUCCUCCUCUCCUCCUCCACCACCUUCCUCCACGUCCUCCCAUCCCCGGCCCACCUCCCACCUUUUUCCUCCACCCCGGUUCAGCUCUGAUCUAGUGAGCCACUAUCUGUCUGAGAUAAAGACUACAGUACCCAGAAUCCCCCAGAAUUUGAAGAGCCUGAGGAGAGGGGCGCCUUCUCUGGAGGAUUUCAGCCACUUACCUCCAGAGCAAAGGAGGAAGCGGCUGCAGCAGAGGAUUGACGAACUCAGCAAAGAGCUCCAGAAAGAGAUGGACCAGAGAGAUGCCCUGAACAAGAUGAAGGAUGUAUAUGAGAAGAAUCCUCAGAUGGGAGACCCCAACAGCCUGCAGCCUAAAAUAUCCGAGACCAUUUGUAACAUGGAGAAACUACGUUCUGAAAUCCACAAAAAUGAGACUUGGUUAUCUGAGGUGGAGGGAAAGCAGAGCUCCAGAGGAGACAGAAGACACAGCGCCGACAACCACCAUCACACUCCUCAAGGCAGAGAGAGUCCUGAGGGCAGUUACACAGACGACACCAGUCAGGAGCAUCACACGCCUCACCACCGCUCCACUCCUGCAAAGCCCGGACCGCCCAACCCCGACCCUCACGAGUUUGACGAUGAAUUUGAUGAUGACGACCCGCUGCCUGUCAUCGGACACUGCAAAGCGCUGUACUCCUUUGACGGUCAGAACGAAGGGACACUGGUGAUGGCGGAAGACGAGGUGCUGUACAUCAUUGAGGAGGAUAAAGGCGACGGCUGGACGCGAGCGAGAAAGCAGAGCGGGGAGGAGGGCUACGUUCCCACCUCCUACGUAGAAAUCACCCUGGAGAAAAACAGCAAAGGUGCUGUGACCUACAUCUGAAGCCGCACUGUCCUCUGUCUGUCAUUUUCUCCAUUUCCUCUCAACGUAACACCACAAAAGGAAAAAGACCGCAUCUGAACAUCUGCAUGGACAUCUGUCGCCAGUUUCUCUGUUCUGGUUUCCAUCCCAUCUCUUUAUCCUUCUGUCUGUUUAUUCCUCUAACCCUGUAAUCAUUCGUGUCAUAUCUGUGGGACUGACGUUUCACAGGUGAGUGUUUGAGCACAAAGACAAAUAGGAAAAGCCUGUUUGAGGGUGUUUGAGUGAGUUGUAUAUUGUAUAUGAGUGUGUGUGUGUGUGAAGUGUGUCCACUGCUGUUUUUAGCCUCAUGCUAAAGCUACACCACUUCUUAUCGAUCAAAGCAUUCAAGAUGAAUAUGUAAUAUAUUAGAACCAACUUAUUUUUAUUUGACCCGUUCUUUUAAUUAUUUUAAUGUUUCCUUUUCUAAGUGGAGAUGUUUAAACUCCCUGAUUUUAAACUCUUUUUUCUUAAUGUGUCGACAUAAUUUGAAGUGAAAUAUGAUGAUGAUUGCAUCCGUCUCUGUCUGAUUGCUGUGUGUGUGUGUGUGUGUGUGUGUUCAUGCACAUUUUAUUCUGUUGUCUGUGCCAUCACAUUUGAGUUUUGUUUGGGUCUAUUUGCAGUAAUGCUAUCCACUAUCGCUGGAAAGCAUCAGGAGAUAAGUUGCAGUUUUCUUAAAGAAUCCAGGUGUAGAAAAGACAGUUUUUACAUUGGACUUGGGCUCAUGUGGUUGUUGUAAUAUUGUGUAUUUCAUAAACUGCACUGGAAACUUGAAAGUUUGCAUUAUUGGUAUUAUUAUUAUUCGUCGCUGUCAACAACUUCCACAAAAACCAACAAGUCCUUUGGUUUGCAAACCUUAAAGAUGUAGUUAAGAGAAAGCUCUGUUAGUUCAUGAAGUAGAGGGUCGCUGGUUUUGGAGACUUUUUACGUCUGUGGUUGACAGAGUUGUCAGGAACAGAUUGUUAGAACAGAAAUCAAAGCUACAGAAGCUGACAUACCCCGUCUUUAGUUACUAAUACAUCUUUUAAACUCCACACUUCCAGUUUGUGUUUCUCACUUCAUUAGAAAUGAAUAAUCUGAGAAAACUGAUGACAUGAGGAGAACUGUGAUGAAUGAUCUCACCCUCAUGUCUAACAUUGUUGAAGUGCCCCAUUAAAAACAUCACAAGUAUACAGUAACUAUUAUUUUUUUUAAGGCUUAAAGUUUUCUAAAGCAGCUGCAUUAUGUAGUUUUUAGCAGACAUUGAUUAAAAAGAAGGGAAACUGUAGUUGUUAGGGACUAAUCCCAGCUGCAGAUGAAUACAUCUGAGCAGAAAAUGUUGCAUUUCAGUGACAGCAGGACUGUAUAUGCAGGACUUACUCAAACAGAACUGUAGAUGAUGCAACAAUAUGGCCUUUAAUUUGUUUUUAAUAAUUAAAGAGCUCUUUGACAUGAAGGAAUUAGGGAUAUGAUUUUUUUUGAUACACUCACAAAGCGUGUUAGUACAAUCAGUUCAUUGGUUGUUUUUGUGGGAUUUGCUGGCAGGAAGAAGCUGGAGAAUAUCACCAGCUUCAUUCUUAAAGAAAGAAUUUCUUCCAAUGACACUGAAAGCUAGGAAGCGCUCAAUCAAAAUGGUUUGGAUUAUUCUUAUCAUUAUGCAUUUACUUCAGUCAAACUGACUCUGAGUCACUGAUUAUCAGCAGUUCUGACCGUUAAUUUCCAUUGGUAUCCAUGGAAAUAAAAAAGCUGCACUGCAGGUAUUUUCUAGUAAGUGUGUCAGCUGAAUGUAGUCAUGUUUGAAGGCUUAUUAUUGCAGGCAGCAGCAUGUAGAACAGAUGAAGGUGUAGUACCUUGAUGAGCCAAACACUGAGUGAAUGUGCGCAGAGAACAGAGACAGGUUAUUGUGUUAUUAGCUCUCACGUUUUGAAGGAAAAGGCUGCCAAAUGUCCAAGACGUUACCACGUUACAGCACAAAAAAGGGCAAAACCUUUCUCAGAACCUGCGGAGCUACUCCCACACUUACUCUAAGCAACAUUUAAGAUAGAAAAAAUGAUUAAAAAGCUUCUAUAUUGGGCCCAGUGGUGAAUAGUUGGUAUGCAACUUGGCCACAUGUGCCCAGUCUUAUUCAUUAUAUGUGAUCCAGACAAAAUACAAUAGAGAGAGGAUGAUCCUGGCAGCGAACCUGAACCCAUGCAGAGGUUUAACCUUACGUGCCCUGGAUCUGUUUUCUUCCACUUGCACUCAGUUAAUCAGCUGAACAGAAAGUGAAUCUGCUCCACCCUGUCUUCUGUCGUGUGGAUGUGUGUGUGUGUGUGUGUGGACAGCUGCAGCUGGUGUGUCUUUCUGUGUUUUAGUAGUAACCGUCUCUCUCUUCUAUGUGACUGCAGGUUCCUGAGGGCUGCAGAGUGGCCGGGCGAUUUGAUUGGCUGGUGGAGGGCUCACGCUGAUUGCUGAUUAUUUGGUGGUGGGGGUGACCGAGAAAGAGAGAGGGUGAGAGAGAGAGAGAGAGUGGGGGGGAGGUAGAGAAGGAAGGAGAUGACGCGAGCUGUGAGGGAGGUUUGCAUGUCUGCAUGAUGCUCACACAUCCAUAAGCAGCAAAGCAUUCUGGGCUACGAGAGGAAGGAAAGGAGAGAUGACAGUAGAUGAUGAUCCCAAAGCUUUAAGCAAUAGACUUAACCCUCUGAAUCCCAAGCAGGUCCUGGGUGUUUUUACAUGACAUUUUACUACUUCCAUUUUUAAUUAGUUUCAGUCUCUUUUCUUUUGUGUUAAAAUACAGCAGAAAAGAGCUGAAUGGUCACUUACUUUUUGUCAUGUGACUCUUGUUCCCACCUGACUUGCAGAAUUUUUUAUUUUUUAUUUUUUAUUUUUUUUUUACAGAAUCUGGUGCCAGCUGUUUGUUUUCGGAGAUUUUUUUUAAACGAUUCUUAGAAGAAAGAGAUAAAAUAUCACAAUUUUAAGCUUAGAUUUAUUCAAUAUUUCCUGACAAAAAUGCAUCAUGCAUGAUUGCUUCAAGGCCUGCUGGGAAGUUAUAAGUCCAAGCCGCUAUUUUUUGUUUUAUAUUUUUUUAAGAUAACCUUCCUUCCAAACCCCCCAGCAGGUUUUGGGCUUCAGAGGGUUAAUAUUCUCAAGUAGGAUCCUGAUUUGUAUUCAGAGAAGUCCAACCCUGAACUGUGGGACGGUUUGUACUAAAAGUCAGCAGAAGAAGAAGAAAAGACCUUUUAGUUUGGAGAGUGACAACUGCAGCAGCUUCAGCUCAACAAUGUAACUUGUAGUUUAUUAGGUACAGAAGCUAAAACACAGUCAAAACAACAGUCCUGCAGUAACGUCCACCUGGAUUAAGGUUGGUCUUUUCAGUUUUUGCUGAAACUACUAGAGAGGAGUUGAUGUCAUUUGUGGUUUAUCUCAGACACUUUAACAGCAAACACCACAAACUACAUCCUCCAAAAUCUUCCUGAAGUUUCAGUAAAAACUCAACAUGCAGGUGGGGUUUAUUGCAGCACAUUGUCUUAGGCUACGUUCACAUUACAUGCUUUAAUGUUCAAUUUUCUGCUUUUCCUGUACUGAUGGUUCUUGUUUGCACCAUGUGAAAACACUGCUGAGGUCCUAAACCGUUAUUAAUGUGGAUGUUUUACCUGACAGCUGCUAGGAUGCAUGUCCAGGAUUACUUAACAAGAAGUUUGGCUUCUUCAGAAACAUGCAACACAUUUUAUACUUCCUCGUCUUUUUGUUGAACGUUGAGGAUGAAGGUUGAAAUAGCUUAAACUAACAGCCAGCAGGGGGUGACUCCUCUGGUUGCAGAAAGACGUCAAGAUUGUAUAGAAGUCCAUUAAAGUACUUGACUAAUUACAUCAGUUAACAUAAUAAGUUUAUGGUCACAAUCACUACUGCCACAGCUUUUCGAAUACAGCAUGAUGUUCACUUAGUAAAUUAUAGUUACAUUUAAAUUCAGGUGUGUCUACCUUGUGAUUGACAGGCUGUUGCUGUAUAGAUGUCUGAAUUGCAGCAGUCAAUAACCCAGUGUCUGACAUCAUGUCCAGCUUCUAUUUACAGUCGAUGCCACUUGAUCGUGUAAUGUGAACGUAGCUUUACUUUAUCUAGCCGUACCUAAUAAACUCAGCUUCAUUUAUACCCAGCAGGUUUUACCAGAAUCACGCACUUGUGUCCAGCUUCAAGCAGCAAAAGUCAAACAUGGGCAAUCAAACACCAUCUUCUUCUCUGCUGCUGGGCUGGAAGAUAUGCAAUACAAAGAAGCUGCAAUUUGCCACUUUCCUGACUUUAAGGCCUUCUGUGAUAGCUCCACAUCGUUGACAGGCUUGUUCAGGGGCAAGUUCCAUCACAUCAGGCCAGAAAAACCACACCAUAUUGUAAAGCUGCUACAACAUACAUGUCCUCAGAGGUUGCAGCAACAGACUGACAUGGCAUGAAUUUAUCCUUUAAUACUGCAGAGGAGCAUCUCACCUGUCUGUGUUGUACACCAACAGGAUAACUCACCCUUUAUAAAUUAUAUUUCUCUCCUCUGUAGCAGCUGGGCAGAUUGUUUGGGGAAAAGUCUUUAUUUUUCAUUCAGUAAAAAAACAUCAAAUAGAAUUUUAGUCACAGCUGAGGAAGAUCAUGAAAUAUGACUGGAAGCUAUAAUACCUCCGAGUAAGGAUAUCAGUUUACAUCUUGGAGCUGUCCUUUAGUGGGAUAUUCUCAACUCAUUAAAGCAUAUUUUUCUCUAUUUCUUCAUAAAAUAUUUAAACAUCACACCCCCUAAUUUAUUCAAACACCGAUUCUUCCCGUCAGACUUUAGCUUCAGCUCCACGUGAGGUAAAAGCAGCAGACUUUAAACUGAGCAUCAGGGUUUAUCAUGUCUCAGGUCAGGUCCUCUCGGUGUUUGCUGCCACUAACAUUAUCCACUCACUCCUGUCCUUCUCUGUGCUCUGUUGGUGAUGUCUGCCUGCCUGCGCCACUCUGCUCCUCAUGCCUGCCUCCAUCCUCACACAGUCGCAUGUUCUUAUCUCGUCAUACAUGUCUCCCAAACAUGAUCGGGUCUGUCAUCCGUGACUUCACGUGUGUGCGCAGCUCCGGCUGUGUUGUGUUGAAUGUUGUGUCGUCGUGUCGUUCUAAUGAAGUUCCAGCAUGAGUGUGAUUUAUUUAUGUUCGUCUCUCAGAGCUACUCAGAUAGCAGGACUAUCAGGUGGAUACAGGACCUCUCCUCCUCCUCUCCUCCUCCUCUCUUUCUUAUCUUUUUUCCUGGGUUGUGAUCCCAGCAGUUGACCAGCAGAUGGCGUCCUUUCCUCACCCAACCACAGCUCAGCUCCAUCCGGACUGGACCGCUUUUAAAAACACCAAACUACAAAGAGGGAGCUUUGUUCUCGUUGCAGUUGAGACUCUGCCUUAAAACUCCACGUGGUUUUCCUGUGGAGGUUUUUUUUAUUUCCACACAUAUCUGGGUGUGUCUGCUCUUCUGCCUGACUACAUCUCCCAUCAGCCACCUGGGCUCACCCCUCGCCGCCAUUAAGGGGAGCGCUCUUAGCUGUGUCUUCAUGAAAAGUUUUUCCAUGUAAUCAGUUGUAUUUGUGAAUGUGACGACACGCACGCACGUAUCUGCAACAUGUGCACACAGGUAUGGAAACCCAGACGUGCCAAAACUUCGCAUAUCAGUUUGGCAUGUUUGAUUUUCCGUAAACAUAAAUGUGUGCACCUGCUUGCUUGUUACAUGUGAGGCGUUAGUUUUUACCAUUGAAUGAUUUGUACAUAUUAACAUCCAUUGUGUCAUGCUGAAUGUGUUUCCAUGGUGAUUGUUUUUAGGUUUGUUUGUCAUGAGAGACAACAAGGUUUGAAUUGAACCGAUGCACUUUGCCCUGAUUUGAAUCUGAUGAAAUGAGAGUGAAUGGAUGAACGAGUGAAUUAAGGUCUGUGGUGUCUGCUGAGACCUCUGAACUUUCCAAAUGACCACUGUGUCGUAGCGAGAAACUCAACCAGUCAUUUCUCUUCUUAAUGCUUUUCUACUCUUUUCUAAGGUCUUAAUGAGCGACUUUUUUUUUGCAUGAUUUUCUAGAUUCUUUGAAUUCAUUCAUCUCUGGUGAUUGUUUUUGAACCGCUCACUGUAGCUGUUUUGUAGACUAACAAACAACAUCACACAGCUAGACUAUUUAAUAAUAAUAAAAAAGCCACUAACGAGUCCUCAUAUCAAACUAAUCUAACAGCAGAUGGCCGCGCUUUAGUUGUAAUUGGUGUUUCUUCGAUGAAGCUGUGAAAUGUGCAGAACGAUGCUGUAAAUGUUGUUACUUGAACUUUUCCUCGUGUCACAGCUUCCAUCUGUGACUAUUUUGGCGGUCGGCAAGAGUUAAAGAAGAACUUGGUGUUUUAGAUUGUCUGUUUCCAGUCUUCAUGCAAAGUUCAACAAAAAUGGCUUCUUUUUUAGUGUAUAGACAUGAUAACGCUAUCAGCAAAUAUUUCUCAAGACACCUUGAAGCUGUUCUGAUGAGAUUCCCUCUGUACUGAGUUAUUGGCUUUGAUUUGCUUGGGGAUGCAAAAUGGUGCAAAUGAAAGUAGCCUAUCAGUUUCUGCAGCCACUUUUUGUAUUUCAAUGAUGAUGCCUUGUAAACAAGCACAAAAAAACAUCAUUGCUUUUUGGUUUUUUACAUUAGAUUUACAUUUUCAUGUUACACUACCAUUCAAAAGUUUGGAGUCACUUAGAAAUGUCCUUAUUUUUGAAAGAAAAGCAGUUUUUUUCAAUGAAGAUAGCAUUAAAUGAAUCAUAAAUCCAGUCUAGACAUUAUUAAUGUGGUAAAUGACUGUUCUAGCUGGAAAUGGCUGAUUUUUAAUGGAAUAUCUCCAUAGGGGUACAGAGGAACAUUUCCAGCAACCAUCGCUCCUGUGUUCUAAUGCUACAUUGUGUUAGCUAAUGGUGUUGAAAGGCUCAUUGAUGAUUAGAAAACCCUUAUGCAAUUAUGUUAGCACAUGAAUAAAAGUGUGAGUUUUCAUGGAAAACAUGAAAUUGUCUGAGUGACCUCAAACUUCUGACCGGUAGUGUGCAGUAUAUGAUGCCACAGUUUUCCAAACAAGGACCAGCUACAGUCAAACUGCUUGUGAUUCCUGUACUCAGCUAAAACGACGUGUUUUCUGGCCUUCUUCUGGAAGCUGUAAUAUCAGCUUAACGCCUUGUUUCCACAUUGAUCUAUCCAGAUGCAAGUCAGCUGGAAGUCUAAUCAUUCUAAUCCAAAGUUGUUUAAAUCAAUCCAACUGGACUUUAAGAAGGUUCCUUGAAGAGGUUUCGCCUCUCAUCCAAGAGGCUUCUUCAGUUCUGGAGAAUAAGAAGAAGAACUGAAGAAGCCUCUUGGAUGAGAGGUGAAACGUCUUCAAGAAACCUUCUUAAAUUCCAGUUGGAUUGAUUUAAACAACUUUGGAUAACCAUGACCUGGAUGAAUGAGAAACUACACACACGUAAUCAUUCUAAUGUGAAGCUCCAUGAUCUCCGAUGUGUUUAUUCAACUUUACGGUCCAGAAUUUGUCUUGAGUACGAUGAAAAAGUUGUAAAAUAUCUGGAUUUUGGAGAAGAAGCAUUGUAGUUAAGCUAGUUUAACACGUGCUAGCUGUGUGACGUACAGAUUUUUGUAAGAAAAUAUGGAAUAAAACUGACUUCACAUCCACAGACCGACCUGCUGACUUGCCACAGAAAUGCUCCAUGUGCGUUUACGGUAAAACAAGUUGGUAAAAACUGCUAAAAUUAGCCUAUCUCCAUCCAUUUAUACAGAAAUGCAUUCCAUUAGGUUGAACAAAAAGUUGUCGCCUGUACUUUUGCUAUUUUUGCAUAAUAUAUGAACACUAAACAAAACUGUGGAAAUAAGGCAUUAGAUUAUUUAGUUCUAGUGGUUUCACAGUCCAACCAUUUCUAUUUUAAAGCAUUUAGGACUGCUGCUACUAGAUUGUCGUUCCCGAUUAGAUAUUUUAUGACUUUAAAGAUAUUUUCAAAGUUUGUCUUCCAGAUACUGGUUUUGUUCAACAAAACAUGCAAAACCCAAAGAUGUUCAACUUUCAGUGAUGUAGUGAAAAACAUAAAACUUCUUAUAUUUAAGAAGCUGGAACAAAUGAAUGUUUGGCCUUUUUGCUUGAUGAAGUUGGUAGUAGUUUGAGCACUAAUACUCUGCUUAUCGUUUUAAUCUGAAAUGUGCACUCAGACAGGAUUCAUUCAUGUGGAGGUAAUAAACCUCUGACAGUGGCAUGAAAUUAAGAUUUCUCAUCUUAUUUGAAUAUUUAUGCAGGGCAUUUUUACCUCAAGUAUGAGAAAAAUCCACCAAAAGUCUUUUAUUAAAUCACUAAUCUCCAUAUAAACUGUGCAUAUCCUAAUGGCCGCUGUGCAAAACUACAAACUAGUAACUGAGCUUUGAGAUGCAGCAGCAAAUAUGAUCAAACCUGCAGUGAGUUCUUGUACAGUGUUUUACUGAAUGCUACUGUGAGCGUGGUGCUGUUUACCACCCAACAAAAACCAGACGUGUUCUCCACAUUCUUCUUUAAAACAAAAAAAAAAAGUCAUCAUCACAUGUGUACUGUGGAAACGUUGGACCCAACAACCAUGUAAAGAUAUUUCAUCUUUUUUUUUUUUUUUUUUUUUAUCAGAAGAAAAACAAACCACAGCAGGUACACGGUGUGUUAACAGGAUAUUAACAUGUAAAUCUGUGUUUUUACCAUAUUGUAACCAAUGGCAGUACUUCUUUUUCCAUAUUGUGCACAUCUUUUUACUUUGAAUGUUGUCCGACACUUUGUGAACAAAAUGCUUUUUUUCUUCUUCUUCUUUCAAAGUAUUGUUCUAAUAAAAUAAGCAGCAAUGAAAAAGUGAA